UCUCCGCCAUCUCGGCCACCCUCGGCUUGCCCUGUGCCGACCACAGGGCCGGCCUGGGGCGGCGCAAUCCAUCGGCGGCCCGUUAAAAACUCCCUCCGUAAUUGUCGUUGCCACCGUCGUCGUCAUCAUCAUCAUCAAUGGACGAUAUCCAACAACUCGAACUCCCCUACCAAUACGAAGACGAAGACGACGAUGUCCUCCGGUAUCUCGAGUUCUCCGAUCCGGACUAUACCCAACCACUCCUGCUCCAGCCGCCGACGCCCGACGAUGAACCCGCCACGGACCCCUCGAGCACGAUGCUGGACUCCUCAUUUGUGCUCGUCGACGAGGGGGACGGCGAUCUCUGCUUCUUGGACUCGAACGCCGCGGAGGUCGCGGCGAGCAGUUUGGAUUGUAGCGGGUGUCAUGUGUUGAGAGAAGUGGUUCAUACCAAUGGGUUGAAAAGUAUGAAACUUUCGAUCCACGGAGGGUCCGGUGUCUUCUAUCACGCGACAUUCGAUGUGUACUACAACACCGACGGCUUCCCGCCGGCCAUGGAACAAUCCUACAUUGACCUGAGCACGCAAGACUAUGAGUGGGUGAGACAGUUUCUCACGGACUACGGCCUGCUACGAGUUCGCGAUAAUUACGUCCUCAUCCAAGAUUCGCUCUCCGACUUCUAUGAUGUUCUCUGUACGAGAAUGAGCUUCGAAGAAGAGGCGAAAACGGAUACGACAGUCGCAGAACCAGGGUUAUGUAAAUCCAGGCAUGUAGACGCAGGCCGAAGCCCCCAAAUUAAAACUGGUAGAAAUGGAAUUGCUGCACAGAGGGAAAGGACUGGAAAGUUGCGUCUGAGCGACCUCGUGGGCUACUUUCAUCUUCCGAUCGCAGUAGCUGCGAAGGAGCUCGACAUUUGCUCUACAGCCCUAAAGAAGAUCUGUCGAAAGCACGGAAUGGCUCGAUGGCCCCAUCGAAAGAUCAAAAGCCUGGAUAAGAGGAUAUCGAGCUUACACCGAGAGUUGCGGUCGGGGAUCGGUGAGGGAGCUAUUCAUAUUCAAGCAGAGAUAGAGAGGCUUAACAUCAAGAAGGCCAGGAUUUGCGCGGGCCUUCCGCCGUAGGUUGCAAGAUUCGUAUG